GCUGAUCGAGUUGACUACCCUUCCAGCUGUUUCUCAAUCCUCCCCCCUGACCCCAGCAUGAGCUAUAGCUAGCUUCGAGACACAAUAUGGCAGGUCAAAGAACAUGGCUUCUACGCUCGUUGCCGCGCAUUCUCCCCCAACAGUCGGCUCGGCUACGUCCCAUAACAAGGACACCAGCUGUCGCACUUAGAUUAUGGUCUCAGCGCUAUAGCACCGAAGCCGAGCCUAAGCCACCACAGACCCAAUCGCCCAUUCCCGACCAUUCCUCCGAACCAUCGCACCUGAACCCGGCCCCCGACGAUUAUUCCCGCUUCAUAUUCCAAGACAAAUGUCGCUCAACGAUAUACGCGGGAUCUGGCGGACAUGGCUGUGUCUCUUUCCUCCGAGAAAAGUAUGUUGAGGAGGGCCCACCGAAUGGCGGCGACGGAGGUAGUGGCGGGAGCAUCUAUAUCCAGGCUGUCGAAGGCCUAACCAGUCUACAUAAGCUCGCUCGAAGGGGAGUUAUAAAGGCCGGUCGAGGAAGGAAUGGACAAGGAAAGAGCAAAGGUGGAAAGCGAGGUGACGAUGUCCUGCUCCAGGUUCCCGUCGGCACCGUCGUUCGUGAAGUCGACAGAUUCGACCCAGUCACGGAGGAAAUACUGCGUUGGAAAAGAGAGCGCAAGGAAGCCGCGGCUGCAGCUGCAGCAGCUGCAGAAGAAGGCUCCGAAGUUACGGAUGAACUAGAUGAGCUUGGUUUAACGUCUAUUCGACAUGACCGCUGGGUUCUUUACCCCGGAGCCAACCCCUCCGACUACCUGACAACAGUAUUCCCAAACCACCCGCCUCGAAGACAAGAAAUCGCUGCGUUGGAACCGGAGUCGCCUAUCUACCUCGACUUCUCUCGCCAUAUGGAUAAGCCGAUCUUGCUGGCUGCAGGAGCUAUCGGCGGCUUGGGUAAUCCGCACUACGUGUCUCGCUCUAAUGGCCGGCCAAAGUUUGCAUCCAGAGGCGAGGGCGGCAUGCGCCUAGAGCUUGAAUUUGAGCUGAAGCUGCUUGCGGAUGUUGGACUGGUUGGCAAACCCAAUGCUGGCAAAAGCACUCUGCUUCGGUCGUUGACCAACAGUCGCACUCGUGUUGGAAACUGGGAGUUCACGACGCUUUCUCCCAACAUUGGCACUGUUGUCAUUGAUAACCAUAAAGGACGACCCUUGGUGGAAACGAAAGGGAAGCGUCGGCGGACGAACUUUACCAUUGCGGAUAUUCCUGGUCUGAUCGAGGGUGCUCAUCUUGACCGUGGCCUGGGUCUAGGGUUCUUGCGGCAUAUUGAGCGCGCCGGUAUCCUUGCGUUCGUGGUCGAUCUCAGCGCUGGUGACCCCGUGCAGAAUCUCAAGAAUCUCUGGCACGAACUCGGUGAAUACGAGAAUGUUCGUCAAGAGGAAGAGUUCAUGAAGUCGGAGGAAGAUGACCUGGAAUGGACUCCACCAACCCAUGGUCUUCCUGAGCUCCAGCCCAAGAGUAAGGCUAACUGGCAGCCUGAGCACACAUCUAAAUCCCGGGAGCUUCCUUCUUUGAAUCUUCCUCCAAUUUUCAGCAAACCAUGGUUCGUUGUGGCUACCAAGGCCGAUCUUCCAGAAACCCAAGAACAGUACAAAGCACUGCGCGACUAUCUUGCUGCAGUGGACAAGGGAGAUGCGCCGCAUCCGAGCGGACAUACACAUGGAUGGAGGAAAAAAGUAUCCGCUGUUCCCGUGAGUGCCAUCAGGGGCGAGGGUGUUUCGGGAAUUCCAAAGCUUGUCGUGGAAUUGCUGGAUUGAGCAGACAGCCUCAGUAGAUAGUAUGAUAUGGUGUAUAGUAAAGGAUUUGUAAAAUAGGUCGGAGUUGAUGGACCGGGCGGCUCUAUAAUGUGAAAUGGGAACCAUCUACAAAAGAAUAUAC